AUGACUGCUUCACCGACCCGAACACGCCCAUCGAAAAGCUCCGGACUAUCCUACCACAGCGCAUCGUACUGGAACCACCGAUUCAUCACCGACCCACGCGAAUCCUCCGGCUUCGAAUGGCUUUCCUCCUCCACCUCGCUCCUCUCGCUCCUCACCACCUCACCUGCGCCGCUUCUCCUCCGCGAUCCACCAAUACACAUCCUUCAUAUCGGUGUCGGAACAUCAUCUCUCUCUCUGGACAUCUUGAAGUACUGGCGGCAACAAUUCCCUGCCGAUUGGAUGUAUAGAGCGAAGAACAUUGUCAAUGUGGAUUUCUCACCGAACAGCGUUGACUUUCAACGGCGGGCUGAAUGUCAGUGGUUGGGAGAAAUUGGUGAAGAUGGUGAUGUGGAGUUGAUGGAGUAUCGUAUAGUGGAUCUGUUGGAUUGGCAUCAGGUGGAAAGCGUGCUUGGUCAAGGAGAACCUUUCGAUUUAGUGUUGGACAAAAGUACCACUGAUUCGAUAUCAACUGGUGAAGACACGGCGUUCACCUGCAUCAAAGGUGAUACUCACCAUCCGUCAUUGCUACAGCUGGCGAGGUCAAAAAUCGGUGUAGUAGGAGGCGUAGCCACGACACAGGUGCUCGGCAUUCAUCUGAGUUCAAUCGUCAAACCGGACGGUCUUUGGUACUGUCACAGCUACAGUUCGGAUCGAUGGGACGAUGUCAUCUCGCCGUCCGAAGCAGCAGCAGCAGAUAUCUGGCCAUGGAAGCAGACAGACAAGACGUCGGUCGCGGUCGAAUCAUCCGAUCCGAAUGCGCCUCUGAUCAACCACUACAUUUACACCAUGCAACGAUCAUAG